AUGGGAUGCGCAAUUUCAAAUAAUAAUAAAUAUGCACUGAUAUUCUCGAAUACCACAUUGUUAACCGCAUUAGGAAAUACAAAAGAAAUUUACAUGAAUGGUACUUUUUCUGUUGUCCCGCAUACUCCUCCUUUCCAACAGCUCUAUACAAUGUACAUACGUUAUAAUGACACGGGAAUCACUACCAUAUUUGCACUAUGCGAAUGUCGCACUGCGGCAAUGUAUGAAGCUAUAUUUAAGAAAAUUGUUUCACUUGUUCCGCAACUACAAGGUAAUUUACAAACUGUAAUGUGCGAUUAUGAAAAGGCUCCAAUGGAAGUUAUUCAAGCACAGUUCCCAACAGUUACUAUACAUGGUUGUUGGUUCCAUUUUACUCAGGCUCUUUUGAGGAGAUGUAGAAAAUUAGGAUUACACGGAACACCAACUGAAAUUCUAUCAAUGGCUAUGACAAUGGCUUUAGCACCAGCGCAUAUGCCAGCGUACUGCUUUCGUACUAAUAACCUGGUUGAAUCUUUCCACAGUGCUGUAAUCAGGAAAUUAAGGAUUGCUCAUCCAAAUUUUUGGUUUUUCAUAGAUAUAAAUAUCAUUAUUAUUGCAGUUAACUUAUGUUUAUCAUUAAUAAUAGGAUGA